AUGACCUGCGCGGGGUACCUCCUGCUCAACAGCGCGUCCCCGUGUUUCGUCGAGAUGUGCACCGGUGUCAUCGUGUGUUCCCUCGUGGACGGCCGUCUCGAGCCGCCGUCACUGCCGCCCCUGGAGCCCCGCGAGAUGGCCCGAGCCGAAGGCAUUCCACUUGCAGUAUCCCUGAAAUCCCUCGACCCGACAGAUGGGACCUGCAAACCCUUUGACGACCGAACUCGCCACGCAAUGGACGCGCGGCUAAAGCCGCAGCGACUGCUGCAGCUCAGUGGCUACCGCGUCGAAGUGCUCGAGUUGGCCGCCGCCGACGACGACGACGAGUGGCCGCUCGCGUUCUCGUUCCAAGUGAACACGUACCAAGUGGGGCCCGUGGCACCCGACGGGUCCUUUGCCCGCAGUGCACUGCACGACUCGGUGCGGUUCACUGCCACGGACCACGCGACAAAGAACCUCUGGAUCAAGCACAUUACAUUGUGGAAUCGCUAUGGCUGGCGCGAGACGGUGCAAGUCGGCGCAACGCAGCGCGAGUUGGCGCUGCUCGAAGAGAUGCUGCAGAACGUCAGUGGAUCAACUAUGUCGAUGUCGACAACGUGUGUUGCCAGUGCUGCUGAUGGACGCUACAGCUGCAGCGAUGGAGAGCUCUAUCGAGACGCCCAUAGUGCCGUGAAGAUCUACCAGAGCAGCAGUCGAAGCGUCAGUACCGACCGCUCGACUUGUGAGUUGAGGCGGCACGCGAGGCGGCGAUUUUACCGCUCGACGCUUCCGGGCGCAUUGGCCCCACCAGUGUGA